GGUCUUUGUAUCGGGACCGAUAUCGACACUUGAUCAGCUAAUUACUCAAAGAUUAAAGUUAGGAAGGAAGUUGUUUAAACACUGCGCAGAGAUGAAAAGGUAUCUCUUCAAACUUUUCACCACCACAUCUCUGAUCCUGGAUCUGAUCACCUUCUUCCUCCUCCAUCAUCAUCAUCAUCAUCUUCCUCAUCAUCAUCUUCAUCACCAUCAUCUUCCUCCUCAGUGCUUUCCGGGGCGCAGCGUUUGCGCACGGUGCCAAACAAAGAUUUCCUUUAGUUUAGAGUCAUGUCCAGAAACAAGGAUCCGGAGAGAGUUCCCCUGGUGACAGAUGUGAGCCACACUUACACCAGCGCGCACAGCGCGGUCAAUCAGAGGGACGGUAUCGAUGGCGUCAAACAUUGCCACGAUAACAGCCACGCUCAGGAGGACCGUGAGCGAGAGAAGAAAGUGGCCAGGAAGCGUCUCUACGUGGUGUCCGUGGUCUGCCUCAUCUUCAUGAUCGGUGAAAUCCUUGGUGGGUAUUUUGCAGGCAGCCUGGCGGUGAUGACGGACGCCGCUCACCUGCUGGUCGACUUCACCAGCUUCAUCAUCAGCCUCCUGUCCCUCUGGCUCUCCUCCAGACCGGCCACACACAAGCUCAGCUUUGGCUGGCACCGUGCAGAGAUCCUCGGUGCCCUGCUGUCGGUUUUCACCAUCUGGCUGGUAACAGGAGUGUUGGUCUACCUGGCCGUGGAGCGCCUCAUCAGCGACGACUACACCAUCGAGGGCACCAUCAUGCUGGCUACCUCCGGUUGUGCGGUGCUGGCCAAUAUAAUCAUGGCCCUCACCCUGCACCAGUCGGGCCACGGCCACAGUCAUGGAGGGCUCGGCUCACACGGUCACAGCCACAGUGACAAGAAAGGAAAAGGACACGAUCAGAUCUCCAACCACAGUCACGAGGACCACGCAGAUGUGGAGCAGAAGGGAGCAGGACAUGGUCGGAGGGGUCAGCAGGCCAACGCCAGUGUGCGAGCGGCCUUCGUCCACGUGGUGGGAGAUCUCCUCCAGAGCGUCAGCGUGCUCGUCAGCGCCAUCAUCAUCUUCUUCAAGCCGGAAUAUAAGAUCGCUGACCCCAUCUGCACCUUCCUGUUCUCCAUUUUCGUCUUAUGCACGACCUUCACCAUCAUGAGAGACAUCCUCAUCGUGCUGAUGGAAGGCACUCCAGCGGGGGUGAGGUACAGCGAGGUGCGGGCUGGUCUGCUGGAGGUGAAGGGGGUCACAGCCGUGCACAACCUCCGCAUCUGGGCCCUCACCAUGAACCAGGCUGUGCUGACGGCUCACGUGGCCAUAGACGAGUCGGUGGAUGCUCAGACUGUCCUGAGGGAAAUGACACAGGCAUGUUUCUCCUCCUACAACUUCCACUCUGUCACGAUUCAAAUGGAGAGGCAGGCCGACCUGAAGCCCGGGUGUACCCUGUGUGAGGACCCCGAGAUGUAACAGCCACAGGAACCUUGCCCGGUCACAGUCCGCACACAGCAGAGAACAGCCAGGCUAAGAAUCCCCUGCAGUGAUCAGUGUUACGUUCUUCUGCUCUGCUCAUUGGACCCUGAGGUCACAUGUUCUACACUGACACUAACGCCAAAGUCACGUGACUGUGCCUUUAUGUUGACAUUAUUUUAGUUUCCUUUUUAAGUGUAUUUGUGUUAACAUAGAAACCAGUCUGUAUUAUAAAACUAAAGUGUUUGUCUUUUCUGAAUCAUUUACAUGUUCAAUGACUUCUCUGCUAAUAUUUAUACUUCUAGACUACAAGUGUUUCUAAUUUUACCUUUUUUUUACUUCAUGUGACACUUGCAGGACGGUGCUAAAGUCUUGUUGUUUGAGCGUUCACCCACUGGCUCGCUGUCUGAUACAUGUAAAUAAAGACCAUUGAGUAUUUCCACGCA